AUGUCGAACUGGUUUGGAAACCUGCAGUUGGCAUACAAAUAUGUCAUUGUAUUCUUGUCGCUGUUGGCUCUUACUAUCCUCGCUGGAUUCAUCAAAGUGAUGUACAACCGUCAAAAGUUGAAGAAGGCGAAGCAAACUGAGCUGGAGGCCGGACCCAAGGAGGACACUGUUGAACUGAACCAGCGUGAGAAGGAUGAGGGUGAUCUGUUCGGUAUUCGUGCCAUCGAGGCUGGUUUCUACGCUGGUGUUGCUCAAUCGCGACCUACGUCAAGAGCAGGAUCUGUCAUGGGCGACAACCCAACGAUGAGCACCAGCACCUUGGUCGGAGGAAGCGUCAACUCGCCACUCAUGAAGGGACAAUCUGCCAACAACAGCAUGCUUAGUCUGAAUCUUAACGCCAACAAGGAACCCAACGCAAAACGAGUUUCCCCGCCCACAAUGAAGCUCCGUCCCUCCGAGGCCGAGCUUAGUGGAAGACGCAACCACAACGGCGCUGUCGACAUGUCUCUCCAAGUUCCUCCUUCCCCUGGUCACCCGCGUGGUCCCCCUUCUCCUACUUUUGGCGGCUCUGACAGCGAUAGCGAGGGUUUUACAUCUCCACGAUCCAUGUCACCCGCCGACCUGAACCGCCAGCAACACGCUCCGGCUCUCACAGUCUCACACCACACAGGAGAUGACGGCAUCAGGUCGCAGCAGGGAUCUUACCACAAUUCGCCUGGCCAGUCACCAACGCCGCUGUCGCCUCACAACCCGCCUACGGCCAAGCUGCCAUCUAUCCCUGGCCACGCUUUGAGGAAAGAGUCGCGCUCCCCAUCGCCCGAGUACGAUUACCCUCGCGUGCAAGUCCACGAGCCGAAUUCUGAACCCUCAUCGCCUGCUCGUACCCAAAUUCAACUACAGGCACGAACCUACUCGCCACACCAUGAACGAGACGGAAGCGAAGCGAGCAGCAUCUACAGCAGCGGCAAUCGGCUAAGCACUUUCCAAGCAUACCAAGCUUCUCAGGAGGACGCGCCAAAACCAGAUUCGUACGAUCAAGCUUGGCAAAAGCAGCAGACACGGCGCUCAGCCUCGGCCGCGUCAACAGUCGAAUCUGGCCACACCUCAAUCCUUGCAUCGACUGACGACGAGGCGGAACGCCGUCCCAGCCACGCAAGCACUCUGCUUGCUCCGGGCCAGGGAGGAAAGGACACGCGACUGAGCGAGUUCUACGAGGCAUACUACCGCAAUUCACACAUGGGCUCAACCCAGCCUGUCGAUGUCAAGAAACAAUAUGCUGAAAGGCAGUCAACCAUCAUGGAGGUCGAUACACCCAUGGCGUCGCCCAUGUUUCCCCACAACCAGAACCCUGGCGCUGCCUUUUAG